AUUCUCGUCCAUCCGUACAUUAGAAGUGCAGUAGUCAUCGCAAAAUCAACCGGGUGCUCCUUCUUCUCCCACUCUCUCCGUCAGCCAGUCAAUUGUUCUUUCUUUGUGGCAGCAUAAUUGUUAAUUAAUUGUUACUUAAUCUUCCCAGUGAUCACGAUGCAACCACAAAUUAUUCUUCUCCGCGAAGGGACCGAGGCGACGCAGGGCCGGCCACAACUCUUUUCCAACAUUAAUGCUUGUCAAGCCGUGGUGGAAGCGGUUCGGACGACCCUUGGACCGAGGGGAAUGGACAAAUUGAUUUCUGAUCCGUCCGGACGAGCCACCAUUUCCAAUGAUGGGGCAACAAUUCUCAAGAAAUUGGACAUUGUUCACCCCGCGGCGAAAACUUUGGUGGAUAUUGCCAAAUCGCAGGAUGCUGAGGUCGGAGAUGGAACCACGUCCGUCGUACUUUUGGCUGGCGAGUUUUUAAAACAGACCAAGAGUUACUUGGAGGAGGGUGCUCAUCCUCGUCUCAUCAUCCGCGCAUUGAGGAAAUCUUGCGCCUUAGCGAUUGAGAAGAUUAACGAGAUUGCAAUCCCGGUGAAGAAGGGGGAUGAAAACGAGAGGCGUGAAUUGUUGCAAAAGUGCGCUGCGACAGCGCUCAGCUCCAAGUUGAUUCAUCAACAGAAGGAUUUCUUUGCCAAGAUUGCGGUCGAUGCGGUCCUCCAUUUGGACGAGUUGUUGCCGUUGGACAUGAUUGGAAUCAAAAAGGUGGCUGGAGGUGCGUUGGAGGAUUCCUUCCUCGUGGCUGGAGUCGCUUUUAAAAAGACCUUUUCCUACGCUGGGUUUGAAAUGCAACCAAAGACGUACAAAAAUCCAAAAAUUGCCUUGUUGAAUAUCGAACUGGAGUUGAAGGCGGAGCGCGACAAUGCAGAAAUUAGGAUUGAGGAGAUUGAUGAGUAUCAAAAAGUCGUGGAUGCUGAGUGGUCUAUUUUGUACGAGAAGUUGGAUAAGAUUCACAAAAGUGGGGCGACCGUUGUCCUGUCAAAGUUACCAAUUGGGGAUGUUGCCACGCAGUAUUUUGCAGACAGGGACAUGUUUUGUGCCGGUCGUGUCACCGAGGAUGAUCUGAAACGUACCUUGAAGGCAUGUGGAGGGGCCAUCUUGACGACCGUGAAUGAUCUUCAAACUGCAAAUCUUGGCACGUGUGAAACCUUCGAUGAGACCCAAGUUGGUGGAGAGCGAUACAACUUGUUCAAGGGGUGCGCACAGGCGAAAACUGCCACCGUCAUUCUGCGAGGAGGGGCUCAACAAUUCUUGGACGAGACGGAGCGAUCUCUUCACGACGCGAUUAUGAUUGUUCGACGAGCAAUGAAACAUGAUUCCGUUGUUGCGGGUGGUGGCGCAAUUGAAAUGGAAUUGUCCAAAUAUCUUCGACAAUAUGCAAAGACUUUGGCGAAUCAAGAUCAGGCAUUUAUCCAAAUAAUGGCCAAAUCUCUCGAAGUGAUUCCACGUCAACUUUGUGACAAUGCGGGUUUUGAUGCUACGAAUAUUUUGAACAAACUUCGUCAAAAGCAUGCAAACGGACAAACUUGGUUCGGCGUCGACAUCAUGAAAGAAGACGUUGAGGAUAAUUACAUCGCCUGCGUGUGGGAACCAGCCAUCAUGAAAAUCAACGCCCUUUCCGCCGCCACAGAAGCAGCCUGUCUAAUCUUGUCGGUGGAUGAGACGAUUAAAAGUCCAAAGAGCGGGGGCGCCGGUGAUACAUCGGCCGGAAAUCCAUACGCCCGAGGUGGUGCCGGCAUGAUGUAAUCUCAUUUUAAAAUAAGCAUAAGCAGGCUGCCUUAUACUUUUUUGCCUCUUAAAUUGUCACUACUUUCAUCUAAUUAACCUACCACUAAUUAAUAAGUUAAUAUUAUUUUAACUUUUUUUCAUACUGUUUCCAUUUCAUAUGAUAACAAGAGAAACAACAAUCUUGCAACGAUUUGUGGUUGCGGAAUUAACUUACUUAAAAUAAUUUGGUGUCAUAAGAAGCUAAAAAAAUGGUAUUAAUAAUGAAACACUUUUGUAAGGAAUCUGCUCCUCAUAUAAAGAAACAUUUGCACUGGAAGUAUAAUAAAGUUUAAUAAUUAAAUGUUAA